AUGGCUCCAGUGAACGCUGAUAUUGUUAACGGUAGCAAGGUGACUUCACCUGUCAAGAAAACACUACCCGAAGUUGAAGACAAUGGAAAAAGAUAUUCAUAUGAAAUGCUCGUGGAGACAGCAAACUUCCUGUUAUCUAAAACCGAUGUUCGUCCCGUCAUUGGUGUUAUUUGCGGAUCUGGGAUGGGUUCGUAUUGGAACGAGGGUUCACUAGCUGAGAACAUCUCGCAACCUGAAUGUAUCGCUUAUGAAGACAUACCAAAUUUUCCUAUCAGCACAGUUGAAGGUCAUCAUGGAAAACUAGUUUUUGGAUAUAUUAGUGAUGUUCCGGUUGUUGCUAUGCAGGGCAGAUUCCAUUACUACGAAGGAUACCCUCUUUGGAAGUGUUGUUUGCCAGUACGAGUUAUGAAACUUCUCGGUGUAAAAGCAUUGAUUGCGACGAAUGCAGCGGGAGGUCUGAACCCAAACUACAAAAUUGGGGACCUCAUGAUUGUGAGAGAUCAUAUUAAUAUGAUGGGUUUUGCUGGAAACAAUCCUUUACAUGGACCCAAUGACGAACGCUUCGGUCCACGAUUCCCACCGAUGAACAAAGCCUAUAAUUAUGAGUUCAGAAAAGUCGCUAAAGAGGUGGCUAAAGAAUUAAACAUUGAUAACAUGGUAAGGGAAGGAGUGUACACUUGUUUAGGAGGACCAAACUUUGAAACUGUAGCAGAAUUAAAUAUGUUGAAAAUGCUGGGUGUGGAUGCUGUUGGCAUGUCUACUGUUCACGAGGUCAUAACCGCGAGACACUGCGACAUGAGUGUGUUCGCUCUGUCUUUAAUAACGAAUGAGUGUGUCACAAGCUACGAUCAUGAUGCUGAAGCGAAUCACGAGGAAGUUUUGGACGUUGGACGUAUGCGACAGGACAUACUUAGGGAUUACGUGUCCAAACUAGUUAACAGAUUCGUAAAAUAUUUACCUCAAAACCCUUGA